GUGAGAGAGAGUAAGAGAGGAAGGUGGAGUCGGCGAGAAGUGAGGAAGGAGAGAGAUGCACAUGGUCAGGGUCGGACUUUCAGAGCUUAAUGUGGGGGGCAAACAGGCAUCACAGCUGCUGAAGCCCAUCGGCCAGAGACACACGGGGCAGCAAUUUACCGAAGAAUAAUACAACUUACACGAAAAGGAAACAAAACUGGGCAGAGUGACUGGGAACACUGGGUUUUAUAUCUAGUUAAUAGGCAGAGGGUUAGAAGCUCCAGAGGUGGUGGAGAGAGGGGGUGCGCAAGGAAACUAGCAAUUCAAAAAGAAGACAGGAGAAAGGAAGGCAAACUGAGAAAAACAAAAGAAAAAUUGAAAGUUGACGGAUAAGACGGAGAAAUUUGCCCAAAGUUUGCUUCCUCAGGUGUUGUCAGGCCUUGGCCUGGACGGGCGCAGGGAGAGCGAGCGAGCGGGAGAGAGAGAGAGAGAGAGCGCGGUGGCGUAAGUGAGACGUGGCCAUGUUCAUGUUCAUCCGAGAAGGUUCUGCCGGCGUAUCAGGAGGAGGCUUAGGAGGGAGCGCGAUACAGGAGAAGACUGCCAAACAGGAAGGUUUCCACCAGAUUGCUUCUGGGUACUGCAGCUCAUUUUUACUGCGGUGCAGGCCUCCAUCCGCAAGCAGGUGGAGAGGCAGAGGAGGCAGAACAGCGAGCUGAACGUGACGGAGGAGAUGGAUAACGCCUCGGUGUACUCCAAGAACCCCAGCACGUCCGCUGCCCCGAAGCAGGAGAAGGAGCCGGGACAGGACAAUCCAGACCUGUUGACUGUUCUGGAUGCAGUCUACGGCCCGGAAAGGGAACUGCAAGAGGACGAGAUGGAAGAGCUGAGGGCAGGAUUUAAAGAGUUUGAGUAUAAGAACAAAGGCAUAGUGAAAUGUGGGAGCCUGGGAGAAUGCAUGAGGACCAUGGGCUACAUGCCGACAGAGAUGAGGCUGAUCGAGAUGGGCGAGACCCUCCGUAGCGGCAAAGUAGACUUUGAGGACUUUGCGGAUCUCAUGGGCCCUAAGGUGGUGGAGGACACUACCCACAUGAUCGGAAUCAAAGAGAUGAAAGAGGCUUUUCAGGAGAUCGAUGCAGAUGGAGAUGGACAGAUCAGCGCUGCGGAGCUCAAAGAGGCCAUGAAGUCGCUGUUAGGGGAGCAACUCAGUCCUACCGAGCUGGAGGAGAUCCUGCAGGACGCGGACCUCAACGGUGACGGACAGAUAGACUUUGAGGAGUUUGUUCGAAUGAUGUCUCACUGAUCCUUGUUGAAACAUUAUGAACUGAAGAAGGAAAAAAUCAAGGGAAGAAGUUGAAGAAACCCAGACAGGAAAGAGCAAGUGAAAAAUGAAAGGACAAGGGUUCCUAAGGAUUGGCUGUGUAUUUUACUUAACGAAGUUUUUUAAAGAAAUUUUGGAAAUAUGUCAUUCAGCCCAAUAUUAUUAAUCCCACAUUGUCACUUAAGAAAUUAUAAGAUAAACGAUAAAAAAAGAUACAAGAAAUGCAGAUAAAAUAUAAAACAGCCAGUUAAAAAUGCACAGAAAUACACAGAUGGAUACCGGUCUAUGCUAACCUGAAUGCUCAUGCCAGCUAGGGGCAGCUGAUUGAGGUAAAACAACUUAAUAAUCGCUUUAUUGUCAAGGAAAGAAUUAUGCCUUGAAUGGAGAAGCUCAUUUUGAACAAAUCCCAGCUGAAGAGCUUUAUGUGGAUUGUGCGUAUCUGAUAUAUUGUGCAGUGAAUUACUUCGUCAAUAAGAUCGGUAAAAAACAUUUCUCUGUUUUCAGUAUUAUCAAUUGUGUUAUUUUCAGUUAACUAUUUUUUGCUAGCCAGUGAUUAGUAACUUUACCUUUGUUGAUCUUGUGGUGUUUAUGUGCAUUAGUUGAAAAAUAAAUCAGUUUUAGCAGUAA